AUGCUGCUCCUUUGUGUCUUGCUGAUUUUGGCGGCCUUCGCUGCAUCCUGCGACGCGUAUGCCCACGCGCCUAAUCAUGUUGAUGGCAUCGCGAUUAGCAAACUUCAACUUCUCUCCCACCGUGACCUGUCCACGCGCAACGACACCAACUCAAGCAGAACAUCUGGUGUGUACAAGCUCUCGGAUCUGUAUGACUCUACCAACUUCUUCGAUAAAUUCUCUUUCAUGGAGAGCCGUACGGGCACAGACGAAUACACCGAUGUUGACCCGACGCAUGGCUUUGUGCUUUACCAGAAUCGGUCCGAGGCCGAGCGCCUUGGCCUCGUGCAGACCUGGGGCGAUGUCGUGGGAAUCAUGGUAGACUACACCAAUGUGAUCGAGAAUCCACGAGGCUACGGGCGGAACAGUGUCAGGAUCGAGAGCACCGCGACUUACAACCACGGCCUGGUUAUUGCCGACUUCUCGCAUCUCCCAAAGGCCCAGUGUGGAACAUGGCCAGCCUUCUGGAUGUACGGACCGGGCUGGCCAAAGAGUGGAGAACUCGACAUCUACGAGCAAUGGAACGCGUACAAGUUCAACAGACAGACCCUCCACACAGACCACAACGCGACAGUCGGCAACUGCACCUACAACUCGACCAGUGCCCUCGGCUACCACAGCUUCGACAUGUCCAACUACAUGUACCGGGAAAGCUGCGACGUGUACGCGACAAACAAUGACGGCUGCUCCAGCUGGGACUAUGAGGGUCCAUAUGGGUCCUCGACUGGCGGCUUCUACGCUAUGGAGUGGACAAGCGAGUACAUCAGAAUGUGGACUUGGCACCCGGACCAAGUGCCGCUGGAUGUCAAGCAUGGAAAGCCUGAUCCGAAUACCUGGGGCCUCCCUGGUCUUUCUGUGGGCGGCUCGCUCUGUGACAUUGACAGGGCCUUUCAGAACCAGUCUAUCGUGCUCAAUGUUGACUUCUGUGGUGACACGGCCGGAUCAGGGAAGACAUCUGUCAACCCCGGUAUGAUCUCAUUUUGA